CUUGAAAACUUGACAGUUAAAGCUGCUGGGAGGACUCUGGAGAAAUGGCUAACACCAUAGCUGAUACAAGAAGGCUUUUUACCAAGCCACAGAACCUAAAUGACGCUUAUGGGCCACCGAGUAACUUCCUAGAGAUUGACGUGAGCAAUCCUGAGACUGUCGGGGUUGGCAGAAGCAGAUACACCACGUAUGAAGUCAGACUGAAGACAAACCUGCCCAUCUUCAAGCUGAAGGAAUCAUCUGUGCGGCGAAGGUACAGUGACUUUGAGUGGCUUCGAACAGAGCUGGAGCGGGAGAGCAAGGUAGUUGUGCCACCUCUUCCAGGUAAAGCUCUAUUCCGGCAACUUCCUUUCCGUGGAGACGAUGGCAUCUUUGACGAUAAUUUCAUCGAGGAGCGACGACAGGGACUGGAGCAAUUUCUCAACAAAGUGGCCGGUCACCCUCUGGCCCAGAACGAGCGAUGCCUGCACAUGUUUCUACAGGAGGACACCGUGGACAGGAGCUAUACCCCAUCCAAAGUCCGACAAGCUUAGAACCAAGAACCAGGAACCAAGAACCAGUCGGGACGCUUUUUCAACUGGACCCCACAACAACAGCAACCCAAAGCUUUUUCACUGCUCCAGGUCUUUCUCUCAAAAAACAAUACAAAAACAUUUCAAUUUUACCUUGCGCUCCCAACACUCAAGUCCACUGCCUCUACUAUGUUCGACUGCUAUGUUUUCACUUUCUUGUCACGAUUGUCCAACACAGCUGUGGUGAAAGUUAUUUAUAGUACAUUCUGUUUAUGUCUGAAAAUGCCACUAAAGGAUAUAUUAUCUAUUUAUCAUUUAGCAGCCCUGAUUCAUUUCUAUAGUUACAUAUUCUUCUGUGUAUAUGCUGAGCUCUCCUCCAGUGUCCUGUAUUGGCAUGCAAUCUAACACACACUGGGCCUAGACUCUCAGCAUGUGUGUGUCAUCUAAGAGCACCUUCCCCGUAACCACAAAGAUUUUAUAGCAAGGAUUAUACACAGAGGGAACUGCAGUAUUUCUACAGGCUAUAUGCAUAAUGAGAUUUGUAUACUGCUGUGCCAUUUUUGUUUAUGUUGAAGAUUUUCCAAUAAAAUAGAUGAAAUGUUUAA